AUUAGCGCAAAACCUUUCAGCGCGGCGCAGACGGCGUUUGGGGUUUCUCUUGGCUUAGUUUGCGCCUAAAACGAAACAGAUUUGUUUGUUUCUUUUGUUUCCGAGCGCAGUAAAAUGCACACGUGUUUUUGCUCCGGAGACCACACAGAUCCCGGGUUUCACGCGAGGGGAAUUAUGGGCAUUUUCAUCCGGCCUAUCUCGUCAUACGCCGGGAGGAUUUGUGCGCGGAGCCGCCGUGGGCCUGGAAUUGUGUCCCACGGCUGACUCCUCCAGGACGAGGAGCCAAUCAGCGGCGAGGAUCGUAAACCGGAGAGAGAGAGGGGGAGAGAGGGGGGGAGGAAAACUUUUCCCUUCUUUAGACAGAGGGAGGGGUGUUGUGAGGAAAUGCUCCGCGGACCGUGAAGCGUAACAGCAGAAAGGGGGACAAAGACACACGUCGCGGGGCAGGACGCACCAGAAGGGACCCACUCCCAAAUAACAACAACAGACAGUUACAAGAAUCGGGAUGCGUGGAUGGGUGUUUGCGGUGGUCAAGCUUGGAGAAGCCGCAUGGACUAACAAUGGCAGGAACAACAGUUCCCAGUGUCCAAAGUGAGCCGCGGACGGCGAGCGCGGUCGCAGCGCGCGUGAACCUCGGGUAGCGCCGCCAGCGGCGCGUCGGAGCCGCUUCUGCACCGGUGGAAUGGAGCGGGCGCCGCGCGCGCUUUGGAUCAGAACUUCCCACUUCGGCUUCCCGGAAUAACGGCGACUGCGCCGCGUCCGUGCUUUUGCAGCCACGCGUGGUGUCCCCCCCCCCCCCGAGUCAGAUCCCAACUUCCACGGAGUCAAAGUUGACCGAAGAGGAGGCGACUAACGCGCACAUUUAUGGAACAGUUUGAGUUUAGCUGGCGUUUCGCUUUGACUGGAACGGCAAUAAACUGCAUGGUGGCUAAGUGCCUGGAUUACUUCACGUGAACGUCACUGCGUGACACCCAUUGUGCGCAUUGUGCUCACUCUAAUGCGUUGGUGGACACGGUGCACGUCGCCGAACUACAACUCCAUCCAAGCAUGAAAUGCCGGUGCCGAGUCCUGGCGCUGCUCCCGUGGGUGCUGGUGGCCCUGGACGCGCAGCUCGUCUGCUGGCAGGCGCUCCUCCGGUGCCACGACGAGCCCGAGUGUGAGUUCGCCUACGGCCAGUACCUGGUGGCGUGCGAGGGCAACAUCCGGGGCUCGAGGAAGCAGUGUCCGAGCCACUGCAUCAACGCCCUCGUCCGCCUCAACCACACGCGCAGCGGCCCGGAGCUGGAGACGUGCGACUGCGCGCAGGACGCGGAGUGCCGCGGCGCCAAGCGCGCCAUCGAGCCGUGCCUGCCGCGCCGCUACCCGAGCGACGCCGACGGCAUCGGCUGCAUGGAGGCGCGGCGGCGCUGCGAGGCGGACAGCGGCUGCCACGCCUCCCUCGCCGCGUACCUGUCGCACUGCGGCCAGCUGUUCAACGGCAGGAAGUGCUCGUCGAAGUGCCGGGCCGCCAUCCAGCAGAUGCUGUUCGUCCCGAACGGCGAGCUGCUCAACAGCUGCGUGUGCGACGGCGUGGGCCGGUCCUUCUGCGAGGUGGUGAAGGAGAACAUGAGCCGGCUGUGCUCCAUCGGGGAGCACGGCGUCGCCGACCAGCCGGACGUGGACGACCUGUACGAGGACGAGGACUAUGACCCCAGGCAGGAGCGCGAGGACGCGCACAGCGGCCGCUCCUCUGCGUCGCGGACGCGCCUCGGCUCCUUCGCGCUCCUGUGUCUUCCUCUUGCAGGAGUCUUAUACGAGACGAGGCCUCUCCUGUAGAUUUACGAGCGGCAGCGUGACAGACGGGCCUUGGAUUUAGUUCUGUUGGAGGAGGAAGGAAUGUUUUCUGAACCCCAGAGGCUCCAGUUGGGUCGCGUGGUGACGGGGAGUGAUUUGUGCAGACUUUCCACAACUGUACAAUUUGCAUAGCGACUCUUCUCGCACAUCUCACUCAGGAAACGGGUUUCCUUUGAUUUGCGAUUCCAAAAAUCCCACAUCCCAGUGCUGGGGAACCGGAGGGGAAGCCGCCUGUCACAUGUAGUGUCAGAAUGAGGCGGUGGUGGACAGGAAGCGGACCGGACCGGUGCCAACGAGCCGCUGCCGCGUGUCCCGUUUCAGUGGCGCUGGAAGUGGGGCUUUAUUAAGCGCUUGGCCAAACACCGGGCCCAUCCAGCCCCUGUUUGCUCUGCUCUCCACUUCAGGGGCCUCGGCAUUGUUGCAGCAACCGCACUUCAAAUAUUUGUCAGAGCAGCCGGAGGACGAGCCAGCGUGUGGAAUCAAGUGCUUCAAUUAACACCCGUGUCCCUGUAGCACUGUGUCUGGGCCCUGCCCCCCCCCUCAGAUCGUUUUAUUGAACUUUUCCUGAGAACCGCCCCCCGUCCCCCUUCUCUGCUUCCUGCCCCCUUUAUAUGCCUGAACCUCUGUCUUUGCAACCCAGUCUGUCUGCUGGGUGAGAGGUCUCAUCCAACCAGAGGUUUACUGGUCUGGUCUGCGGACUUGCAUACGGGUGGUUAAUAUAUAAAAAAAAACAGUGUGUGCACAGAUACAACAUGUAUGAAUGUGCGACCACUGCUGUGUGGCAGCAUCUUUACAUGCAGAACAGCCACUAAGGGGGGGUCUAAAGAACCGCUUCAUCAAUGAUGUUACUGAGCCGAUAGUCCAGGGAUUCAAACCAGCAGCCUUUUACUCCUGUGUGCUUUAUCCACUUCGGGCUCUUUCAUUAAAAGCCGACAAUGGUUUUGUUAGUAUUGAUCACUAAAAACUGCCAAUUUGUACCUCUGCUACUUCAAGUUGUGUCAAAACUAAUGUUUUUUUUUUCAAUGAUAAAUGUUAAAUUAUGAAGGCAGAACAUGAAGAAUGUGUGUAUUUUACAGUUUUAUGAAGUACAAUAAGUCAGGUUCUGGUCACUGUCAAAUGAUUUAACACAGUGUGCACACCUGUGAUUUAGACUGUUCACUUAGUCGCAGAUGUGUGAGAGUUUUAUAAUAAAAUGUUAAUGAGUUC